GGUUCGCAGUGGGUUGAUACAAAAGCAAGAAAAAAACAUGCCAUUACCAGACGUAAAGAACUAAUAAUUAAAGAUAACAGAUAUCAUAGCCCAGAAUUAUCAGAAACAGAUCCUGAUGAACCUAAAAAGUGA